AUGUCUCAUAAACCUUAAUAUUAAUGUUAAGAAGGCUCAAUAUCAACAAAAAGGUAAAUCCCGAAUGACGAGGAUGAAAAAUAACCUUAGAAGAAACCUCAAAAUAAUGAUAAUGUCUAGAAGAAAAAUAUGUUUCUAUUCUAUUUUCUACUUUUGAUUUAAGCAAUAAUAAUACUUGUUUCCUAUUAUGUAUAGAUGGAUGAAUGGUUUUUUGAUAAAACUUUGGGAGCUGAGAGUAAUAGCGCUUAAUUUUAAGAAUAUUGUUAGAAUACAGAGUAUUGUCAAAAAAAAAUUGAUUAAGGAAAAUAAAGGAACGAAAUAUAUUAAAUUUGGAAUUAUUGGCCUAAUUAAUUUCAUUUAUUAUCUUUAAUAGCUUAUCCUUUAUUUUUAAUAUUCCAAUAAUCUAUUAGAAGCAUAAUUUUUUUAGUAAAUUUUUAUUAUAAAAUAUUUAGAGGAAAAUAGCAUUUCUAUUUACUAUUAUUUUAUAUCCAUGUUUAUUUUUGUUUACGCAGAUAAUUUUAAUAUACAUAAGAAAUUAUUUUGGUAUGAAGUAAAGAUAUUAUAAUAGAAUAUUAUUUAGAAUAUAUAUAACUUGUUUUUUGGAUAUAUUUGGCGAAUAUUGUUUUCUUUAUGAUAAAUAACUCUAUUUCUACUAUUCAAAAUAAAUAAAAUGAAAAAAUAACAUACUUAACAUUUUUGGCAUUUAUCAUUAAUGUUAUAUAUAAUAAGAUGUCAUAAACUUCUAAUAAUUGGACUUUUUAUAUAUUAGCCACAGUUUAUAUACUAACUUAUUUUAUCCAUAUAGAUUCUAAUUUAUUUAAGGUAAAUUAAAUUUAUACUUUAGGAUAAUAAAUACAUUAAAGAGAAUAAGAUGUUAAUUAGAAUCAUAUUAGACAAGUUACUUUAACCAUUCUAAGUAGAAGAUGUUUACUAAAACUUAUUAAGACAGCAUAUUGUCUUAAAUAAAAAUUAUACUGUUUUUUAUGUUUUAAUAGCAAUAUUAGUUUAUUUUCUGUUAUAGAUAUGUUAACUUUAAUACAUUUUUAUCAUAAUAAUUAGUAUAAUUUUCAUAUUUGUUUUAUGGGAUACUUCAUUAGUUUCAACAGUAUUUAUUAAUCAUUAUUAUUUUAGUCUGUAAAAUUUAAUAUAAAGGAUUAAUGGGUGACUACAAAUCUAUUCAUUUUAGAUUUCUUAUUACCAAUUAGAAAUAUUGUGAUAUUAUUAUUAUUAGAUUGA